AUGUCCUCGACGUCGACCACGACCCCGGAGCCGGAGCCGGAGCCGAAGGACCUCGCGUACCUGCAUGGUUGGACAGGCCAGAAGGAGGGUCCACCCGCCGAACCUUCCUCCUACAACAACAACUUCAGAGGCAUUUUGGUUGCGCGAUCGCAUCAAAUACGUCCCGCCCGUUGCAGGUUCGCCGGUACGGCACUGAGCCAGUCCUGCGACAACGGCGGCUCGAGCAUAAUAGUGCCUACCGACGAGCCUGCUCUAGCAUACGCCCUAAUACCAGUAUAA